AUGAUCUACAAGGUUUCCUUCGAUGGCGGCGUUGUUGCUGUGUGUGGACCCCUACAGAGCUGGCUACGGGGUAGUCAAAUGUCUCGUAAAGGAACUCCCUCCGCUUGCAAGUCAAAACAAAUCCCGCGAAUCUUUCGUAACCGGCGAGGUUUGUGUUCGGUUCGCGGUUGGCCGCACGGCGAGGUCGGCGUUGUGGGUGGAUCGGUAGGUUACAGUCAGUCGAGUCUGUUGUCCGCUUCGCCGGAUGAGGAGAAAACGGAAGAUACAAAUAAAAAAGGAAAACAUAAAGCGGAGACAGACGACGAGACUGCACAGUAUCACCAUAGAGUGUGGAUCGAGGGUAAUCAAGUGACAAACGGUGUUGUAACUAGCGAGCCGUGUAUUGUUGACGGAAUCGGUAAAGUCGCCGAUGUCGAGACUGUAGCGGACAUUGAGAAAUGGUUAAAAACACGCACGGAAUCCGUGUCGAGCAUGGAUCUCGACGCGAUCAAGUCCGGGGUCGAGGAGGGCGUCGACCGGUACCUGGGCGAGGAACUCCAGCACGCUUUUCUGGAAAAGGACCCUGACGGAUUGUCGAUCGACAUCGAUCUGUCAGACAAAAAACUCAAUUUAGGUUAUGAUCCUUUGCUUCAGGAGCUUCAGAAUGAGAAGCUGCUGGACGAGAAGGAUAGCUUUAUACUGCCGGAAUUUCAGCUGGAUCAUUUGGAUCCGUUGGCGUUAUCUCCGGACGAUAUGAUGGUUGCCGGUGAAAUUUUACCGUCGACCAGUGCUCAACCUACUUUAACUGUCUCUAAUAGAGAUGUCGAAGGAUUAUGUGCGGAAACUGAACAAGCUUCGUUGUUGAAGAAGGCCAUGAUUGUUGAUGGCCAAGAGUCACAAAACAAGUCCACACAGGUUGUUGUAGACGACUUGCGUGUUAUAGAUGAAGUGAAUAAAGAUGUUCAAUUACAAAAGGACAAUAGCCCAUCUGAAAAUACUAUGAAUCUCUAUGUGCAGGAUCUCAGUUCUGAAAAUAUAGUAGAAGAGUUGUCAGGAGCAAAGCUGGUUGAAGGUGAUUCUGAAAAUGUUAUAAUUGAACAAUUGAAAACAAAGGCUAAGGUGAAGUUGGAACCACGUAUUAUUAAGAAGCGUAAAAAGAUACCGGAAACAUUAGAGAAAAAAUUUGAGAGUGAGAUUAAGAUAUGUGGAGAGGAUGUUGUAGACACUGAGGAUGGUGUAAUGGCUGUUGUCGCCAUAUCAACCGACAAGAUUUCAAAUAUGACACAAAUUGUUAUAAACACUGGUACAGAAGAACAGAUUUAUCAAGGGAAGACUUCAGAGCUCAUAGAAGCUACAGGAAAUUUUCCAAAAUUGCCAAAAAUAGAAACUUCAACAGUGUGGAAUGGAACAAUAGAACAGAGUGCAGAAAAUCCUAAUAACCAACAUGAAUUGGUGAUAUCAAAUGCUUUAGAGGAAUUAGGUAUUACAGAUGACAACUUACAGCCAAUAUCUGUCAAUGAGCAUGGGAAAGUAUGGCUCUGUCCACGUGAUGAUUGCAAUAGGCAAUUUAGUAAACUUUAUGCAUUGAAAGGCCAUUUAUUAGCACACUAUGGUGUAAGACCAUUUAAGUGUGAUUUCGAAGGGUGUGCCUGGGCAUUUUAUUCAGAAUUUAAGCUCAAACGACACAAAGAAACGCAUUUGAAACGUAAAGACUAUAUUUGCGAGGUACAAGGUUGUAAUCGUCGAUUUACUACGAUUUAUAAUUUAUGGAGUCACGCGAAGUUGCAUAGUCGCCCGAAUAGGAUAUUGUGUCAAGUGCCAGACUGCCAGGAGAAAUUUCAGACAAAGAGAGCUCUAGAACUGCACAUGAAGUCUCAUGACCAGAGUCAUGCUCCGUAUGUCUGUAAACACGAAGGUUGCGGAAAGAGAUAUUAUAGUAGUAACGCUUUGACGUCGCAUCAAAGAUGCCAUAGUUAUAAGGAAGUAGAUGUAAAAUGCUCGUGGCCAGGCUGCGGUAAAGUAUUCGACAAGCCUUGUAGGCUCAAGGCACACAUACGCUCGCAUACUGGCUGCAAACCUUACCUUUGUACAUUUCAAGGCUGCCAGUGGGCGUUCUCUUCUUCUAGCAAAUUGAAGAGACACCAGAAAAAGCACACUAAUGAACGGAAGUUCGUGUGCGACGUUCCUUCCUGUGGAAAAGCAUUUAUGAGAUCUGAGCAUCUCAAGGAGCAUAGAUUAACGCAUAAGGAAGGAAGAUACUUUCAAUGUUUUAUAUGUAACGCGAAGUUUUCUGCAAAAAGUAGUUUGUACGUUCAUAUAAAGAAGCAUCAAGUUAAAGAAGAGGUAGAGGCGAAUUUACACGAUACUAUCAAUGGUCAUAAACGGAGCAAACUGAAGGAAACGCAAUGCUCUAGGGUUAAUCCGGUUGUGAAAUCAAAAAGAAAGUCAAUAGAUCUGAAUAUUAAUGCGGCUUGCCUAAACACGUCUACAGUGACGGAGAACUCUGAACACAUAAACGAUGCAAAUAUCAGAAAUAAUAAUGAGAAUCAAACUAAAGACGAUACAGUGCCUCCACAAGAUCAAUCUAAGACUUUAUACCAUUGUCCAGUUGAAACCUGCACACGUUCGUAUACUACAAAAGCUACGUUAAGAGCACACAUGUUAAAAGUACACGGUACACCUGUUGAAGAGUGCGCAGACAAAACAUCCAAAAGAAUGCCUGGAAAUUCAGUUUGUAACAUGGACUACAUUUUGUACACCGCUCCCUCGGUAUCAGAGCCUACGGAGCAAAUGAUAAUGGUAGCGCCUUAUGAUGCGGUUAUUCUUAGUACUUCGCCAGAAACGGAUCGAUCUCUUCCUGAACCGGAACCACCGCCUCUUAAUAAUGUAUUAAAAACGUCAGAACCUCCUUCGGAUGUAACGACAUACAAGAAAUUACCUGAUCUACCCUUGAGAAAAGAUCAAGGCUCAGCACGGACUGAUUUAACAUUCUCCGACGUGUGGAAAUUAAAGGCGAAUGGUGCUGUGUUAGAUUCGGUAGUCGGAGCAUCGGACCUUGUGUUAGGUACAAGUGAUUUAGAGGAAGGUUUAUUGCUCACAGAGGAAUUGCCUUCGAUGUAUUAUCAAGAUGAUGUAGUAGGAACAGAGUAUCAAGUACUGUUACUCGAUUCAGUACCACCUGAAAGUACUAUAAACUUGCGGGGACUUGAAUAA